CUCUUUUAAUUACCCUUUUAAAAGAGUUGUCACAUGUCGAAGCCUGCUUUCGCGAGAAAAUGGGCACGACAGCAGGCAUCAGUGAGUUUUCCGAGGUGAGACCGUCCCCCUACGAGGAGGAGGAAGGACACUCAACUUUCAAAUCAAAGAAGGAUAAGAAGAGAAAAAGAUCCUCGAAGGACGAGAAUUCUCAUAGCAAAGCGGGGUAGGCUCGGGGGCCCGAGGAGGGCGUUGUUGCUGACGAAGAUUUCAUCUAUAUUGGUAGCUCUGAGGAUAUCAGGGUAUCUGGAGAGGACGAUUCUAUAACGGCGGCUCGAACCAGGAGGUCUCCCGAGUUUGUCGAACCUGCUGGGCCGAAACCCCUAAUCUUGAGGGAGAGGCUCCACAAGAGAGGGGGCGAAGGUCCUUCAGUACCUGAUUUGGCAGUUGGUUCUCGGGCAACGGGAAUUACCCUGAGGGAAACGGACUUUGUCAUGUCCCCGCCCGAAUAGGGCACUUCUGGUUGCUCUACCGGGUUAAUGAGACCGAGCCGCUAGAUACGAAGUCUACCUUCGAGGAAGCCGAGUGGCUCUGCUAUAUGGUGAGUUUUAUUAUAACUUUUAAUCUUCAUAUUUUCUCCUGUUUAACUGAACUUUUCUUUCUCAUAGGCCUUCGAUAACCUCAAGUCUUGGCUUAUUUGCUGUGAUGCUAAGUUGCAUAGAGCUUUAAAUGGGGAGAGAUCUCUCAAGUUUCUUUGCGAAAAGAAGAUAAGAGAGCUGAUACAUCUCUGAUCGGAGUUGGACUGAAGCCGAGUUUAUGAAGACAACCUUGAGAAACAGAAAAAGACAGAGAUGCUAGAGCGCAUUCGAGGUGAAGUCAACCAGGUCAAUUCUAAAUGUAACGAUUUGAAGGCACAGAUAGAUGUUCAUGUUGCGGCCAAAAGGAAUGCUUUGGCUAAGGCCUCUACCCUCGAGAUACAGCUUCGUACUGCUCGAGAAGGUGACUCGAUCUAGAUGAGCAAAAUUGCUAAGCUUGAAAUAGAUCUUUUGAAGCUGAAGGCCGAAGUCGUAGACGCUCGAGCUAAUGCCGAUGAGGUCCGAGCAAAGGCCGACAAGAAUGUGGCCAUCUAUCUAAAAGAUGCCUCUAAAGCUCGUGCGAAGUUGAGGGAGGACUCCAAUCGAGAGAGGAGAAGCAAUGAAUAUGCCUGGUGCAAAUCCCGGAGGGAAACUCUCGAUGAGAUUUAUGGUAAGGGCUUUGAUCUCUCGGGGGAGAUAGAGCAAGCCAAGGAGGAUGAGUUCGAUGCCAAGUUCCUCAUUUCUGAUGAUGAAGACAAUGAGGAGGGGGCCGGUGAGGGAGAAGGUUCUGAUGGAGUCGAUGGUGACAUAGUCCCCGAGGAGGAAAUGGCUGAGUCCCCGAGGGUAGACUAGGCUUUUCUUUCUUGUUCCUUGUAUAGGGCUCCUUGCGGGAGUGGUGUAAAUGUACCUUUGUAUCGUCAUCCUUAAAUAAGAAAGGAAACCUUUGGUUUUCCCUUUGUAUGAAUUUCCACUUUCUUA